UGUGAGUCACGUUAUUAUGAGGAGAUAUGGAUGUAGGAAUGGAAUUCCUGUCUGUGAAAUGGGAUGCUUGACUGUGUUGCUCUCCUCGGCGAUUGGCUGGCUACGUAACUAUGGCGAAGAGAAGAUGGAUGAUUGCUGGCGAAUGACUGGAACACGCGCGAACCAUCGACGCCUGGCCCUGGAAGUUUGCAACCUGGAGUCAUCAGUUGCGAUCACGGCUUUUUAGCGCCAUGCCUCUUGUUUGGCGGGGAAGAUCCCGAUGUAUUAUUAUUAUUGCGAGAGAUUGCACGGUUCGCUUGCCCGGCGUUAGACUCAACGAAGGCCGCAGCAGCGGGGACCAAAUGGGGGGAAGUCUCAUAGCCGAGAGCCUAGCCGUAGAACCAGUUUGAGUCAUUCGGGAAGAUGAUGUCGCAAGAAAAAUCACGCUUGGAAGUAUUCCAAGGUUUCAAUCAACCCUGAGUAUUCUAUGUUAUUCAGUCCAAGACAACAGAUCACAAUGAAAUGUCGUGAUAACUAUUAAUAUAUUAUUAUUAUUAUUACGAACCUAGUUUGUAGCUUGCAGUAUUGUAUUGACGCAUCCAGUCGCGGCCAAGGUAGUUACCGAUGUAUAUAUAUGUAUGUACAUUACAUGUAUAAGUUACGGAGUAACUUACUCCGUACGUUAUUAGGAAUAGAAAUCCCCACCACCGCCACUACCAGCCACACGCUAGGCCCGAAUAGGAUAGCUUCUGUCAGGCGGGUUGAACCUUCUGUAAGUUUCCCUGUAACUAUGUAUUGUAUUUAUAGAUCCAAGGCAUGAAUGACAUGAACAACAGCUUCUAUAUAACCCAUAAUCCGCGCUUCGUCGUCUUCUUCUUCUUUUUAUAUUCCCUUAUUCUUGAUAUCACCAACUUCAUUCUAUCAGCUUCAUUCUACUACCACAUACAACGGUUGCUAUUGCUCCUGUACUGAACCAACGCUCUUUUGUCAUCACCUACAGCUGUUAACUGAGACCUCCCCCUAACCAGCACCUUCUGCUAUAAUAACUAUAUACUGCCCCCAGAUACCCGCUUCCUACAGCAUCUUGUCCACCUAUCAACAUAUUCGAGGCUAUUAUAUAGAUAUACCUUCUCGUAAGCACCGGGUGACUCUGAUAUCCUCUGCUUAUACUGGAGCAUAUCCUCUACCUUGUCUCUCGUUUCGUCUAUCCACUUCAUACUAGCUACUACAAUCUUCAUCGAAAAACACAGUCACCAGACCUCAACAUGACUACUCAAAUCUUCUCUCUACCAGAGUCUGAUCUUCGCCGUGCUGCUACUGAGUCCAAACGGGUUCGUGAUCAUAACGAAAAAUGGGCUCUGGGCUCCCGCGACCCCAAUUUCACUCCACUAGGCCAGAAGAUUGAGAAUCCUGCUUAUACCCGUAUUCGCCCUAUGCUAUCUCAGGGUAGCAGGGUUUGCAAGUCCCGUCGGCACCUUAACCAAUCCGACAUUAACAAAAGCUUCGCCGCUCAACGGGCCCAUUUCAGCUACAUCGUCGACCAAGUGCUUUACGACGACCACAACAUCUCAGACUCCUCUACGGACUCCGACCACGCACCUGAUCACUCCGAAGCUGUGAAUGACCCAAACAUCUUCUACUCCUUCGACGCACCCACAGGCCCCAGUCAGGGCACGGAUAUCCUCAGCGCUGCCCUGGCAAAUGCCGUGAAGAAGUUCGAAAAGAAGGAGACCGAGAACCUGGCUCGUGAAUACGAGUUUGUUGCCAUCGAGGAAACUUCAAACAGCCAUGGCGACGGAUAUCUGGCUGAUGAUGAUUUUGAGUUCAUCAGCCGUGCGGACUUGUAACUUCAAUAACAGCAUCGGCCGGCCCUAAUGAAGCUGCAAAGCCUUUUUUUAACUUGCGCUUCAACCUAGUGAUCGUUACCUAUGAUUCAUUCUAGUGUCCCUCUUUGUUCUGAUUUUACUUCCUACUACUUAGCGUGUUGUUUCAGUUUCGGUCAUUAACCGUUAACGGGAUGAAACCCUUUUUGUUCCACGAGGCUGGCAGCCAUGUAAGUCUGUUGGGGAUUUCAUCUCUCAGCUUUUUUUUUUUUUUGGCUUGGCUUUUUUUCUCCGGCUCUUUCUAUAGAAAUUUGGUUCUGGCAUAUUUAACUACCCCUAGCGUUUAUAUACCUAGAUAGACGAGAGAUCUCCCGCGUGCAUGGAUGGAAUUGGAACUGGAUCUGGGAUUGUUUUAGAACUGGACGAGCAUCAUGAGAGGGAGCAAUCCGGCGCAAUUUGCUUCUUGAGGACUUGAGUCUGUAUCAUGUAAGUACGGACAUACUUUGGUAUUCCGUACAUCUAUUUUUAUUUUUAUUUAUUUAUUUAUUUAUUUUUUUUUUUUUAGCAUCCGAAGCGACUCCUACCCCUGAACACAAUGGAAGCUUGAUUGACGAUGAGAUUUUGAAACCUUCUGUCGCUGCAUUCUCCAGCCCUGCCAUAAUUCAACCCAACGUCCAUAAAGCUUGACUUGCUGCAGCUGGGCAAAAGCCGCUAAACACUGCAAUACUAGCUAGAUACUAAUUCAGGUAGUGGAAUAAUCCUGGUAACUAACGGAAAAUUGAGGGAAAAUGCCCGGCCGGCAGUGAUCCUGAAUAAUCUAAAUUGCCCUUCUGUAAUAUCCUCAUACUUUGCCUGGUUUUCGAUAACUAUCACCGCAAAAGAAAAUGCACGCCUAGCUAUACUUUCAGCAGCCCAACUCCCCAACUAGCAUCUAAGCGGUUUAGUUGCACUGCUCAGGACCCUGCAUUUCGGUAGCUUUGGUGGUGGGCGACGUCGCUAAGUUAUCCCGCUGAUAGUAGUUGUAAUCAGUAGCUUCCCUCGCCGGCCUCACUUCUUCCCGCCAAUCGCCACCAGCAGCCCCGCCUUCAACCAUACAUACGCACCGCAAACUACAAACAACCUGAAAUUUAAUAUCACCGUAAAUAAAUAUGAAAGAACGUAUGCAAACGAAUGCAUCUAUCAAUCACAUCCUGAGCUUCUCAUAUUCUGCCUGCCGUCUCGCCGGGCGUUAUCCACGUGGACGAAUAAGAAAUCCCGUGGUAGCACUGGCCUCUCUCUAGGGCUCCGUUUGCUGAGCAGGGGAAGCCAACGAACAUUUCUUGCAUUAGGAACUUCUAUGAGGGGCUUCCCGCAAAUGGCACAUGCCCCAUGUAGUUUAUGAUUGCGCAAGUUGACAAGCUGCAGAAUGCUU